AUGGCGCUCCGGUGCAGGCUGCUGCGCCGGUCGUAUGCCGCGGAAGGCGGUGUCGCGAAGGCCACUGUUGCCUCUGCGGCGGCGGUAGCGGCUGGUCCACAGAUGGCCCAGAGUCAGGCCGCCCCCCAGCCGCAUCAACGACGGCCGCCGGUUGAACCAACCAGCGCGAAGGAAAUCGAUGCCCUGCGGAAGGAGCUGGCAGCAGCGCAGCUUCGCAUUGCAGAGCUGCAGAUGAGUCAACUCGCUACGCACGAGGCGCUGCUGCGUCGACUGGAUGAAGCUGACCGAGCCGCACACAAGGCGGCAACGGAGCUGCGCUACACCGCCCUCGCCCUGCAGUGCCACCACGACCUCCUAGAGACGGAGCUGCGACGCGUGCUGGCGGUCGUGCCGCACACCACCGAGGCGACGGCGGAGGACAUGGAGAGGAUUCGCCGCGCUGCCAUUGAGGCGGGUUCGAGGGAGAUGGUGCGAAAAAAUAUUGGCUUCCGUGUAGAAAAGGUGUCGGAAGAGCCGGCGGCGGUGGUAAAGUCUACCAGCAAUGCUGCCAACAACAACGGCAGUAGCAGCAGUUUCUCGUGA